GUUCCACUUUUACACGCACUCUUCUACAACUUGAUGUGAAAUCCUCAGACUCCCAAAUAAACAGCAAUCAGACAUAUCGUCUAUUAGCGCAGAAAUGAAGUCGAUAAUUUCUUGGGUAUUCCUGUUGCAAACAUGCUCCGCGGCCAAAUUGAUCGUAGUAGGCCCUGUUAAGUUAUUCGGUAACACUGACACAACUUCUGUAAGUAAGCUACCGCCAAUUUUGGAGUAUUUUCUGCAAAGGAUUCAGGCAGCGAAUUCAAAUUACGUCCACGAGGACCUCAGCAGACCUCAAACCUGGGACAAGCCUGUGUACACCUUGAGUCCAGCGGAACAGGAGAUGUUUUAUGGUACUCCUUCAACAACUACACCUGUGCAAGAAGCUUUGGUUGAAGAAGAUGAGAUUGUGACGACUACCAGUAAAUACGACAAUUUUGAGUAUGUGGACGAAGAUAAUUCUACUUCUACAGAAUUGUUGUUCGAGAAAAUUACUGAGGGAAGUCCACCGUUAUCGAUAAAUAACAACCAGUAUGUUAUCUACAAAAUUGGCGCGUCCAAGAAUCAGGAGCCAGACAAGGCAUAAUUGCAGGCUGGAUACAGAAUUCCCAAUUCUUCCCAAUAGAAGUCAACGUUCCUCAAGUAGUCUCAAACGUCUCCAGCGGUGUUCAACAGUUCGGACAAAAUGUAGGACAAGGUAUUCAAACUGUUGGACAGAACGUUGGACAAAACUUCCAGAAUUGGAUGUCAUCUCUUGGACAACGCUUUCCAAUAAUAAAUAGACUACCAAUAAUUGGUAAUAAUAAUGCGAAACCUCCACAAAAGUUUUUCCUUUUGAAACCAGAAGAUGAUGUUGAUAGCAUUCCAGAUCCUGCUGAACUUUUCACAUAUCCUUAAACGGAAUCUUUUUAUUUUAGGAUGCAAAAAUCCUCUGAUUCGUUGUUGAAGGCAACAACAAUGUAAUUCUUAUCGACUGAUCAAACAAAAAUGAUGAUUUAUUAACUUUUUUUUAGAUGGAUAUCAUAAAGAGAGAGAGAUGAUCUCAUCUAUUAUCUAAUUUUUGUAAUUUUCGAUAUACUUACCUUAAUUUCCAGUGUAGUUUUGUGAUAUGCAAUACAAUUAUCGUUUCAACCAUUAAUUAAAAUCAAGAUUACGAGUAAUUGUGAACAUCCUCAAAUUAAAGAUCAGAAUAAUCCUCAGAACAAAACUUCCAAUCAAUCAUUGAUUAAUCCUUUGAUAAUUCUCUUUACAUAAUCGCUAGUAUAUUAGUCAUUUGAUUGAAACGUUGCAUAAUUUAAUGUAUUUAUUUAUUAUUUAAUUACUAAGAUCAAGAAUGUUGUGUUUAAAUAACUAGGAAUCAUCUGUACUUAAUUUAUGAACACCGAUGAAAAUAUGAUAUGUACAAUUAUAAAUAAAACGUUCAAUUUA